UUGCGUAGGUUAGCUUGACAGUUUGCACUCAUGUAGGCUGCCAGUUGACCGCAGUGAAGUUUGCCUCAGAGUGAAGGAAGCAAGGAGUGCUGGCGAAGGUAGACCCGGGUUAUGAGGAGAUGCUAGUCGCGUUACGUCUGGUAGUAGUGGCAGUACCCAUGGGUGUGCUGCUGUCCCGGACCAUGGCAUGGAUGUCCAGUGGCAAAACACAUCCAGAGCUCAUCAGCAGACUGAGGGAUCAUGGUGUAAUCCGCAACGACAGAGUGUUUGAUGCCAUGCUGGCCACAGACAGAGCGCUCUACUCUCGAGACUAUCCUUACACAGACUCUCCGCAGUCCAUAGGCUACAGGGCGACAAUCAGCGCGCCACACAUGCACGCUCAUGCUUUAGAGCUGUUAAGUGAGAAACUAACGGAAGGAGCGUCGGCUCUAGAUGUGGGUUCAGGGAGUGGAUACCUCACUGCCUGCUUUGCAAGAAUGACGGGACCCAGCGGUAGAGUGGUCGGCAUUGACCACAUCGACGAACUCGUUCAAAUGUCAAUUAAAAACGUGAGAGCAGACGACCCUGAUCUGCUCACCUCUGGACGCAUCAGACUUGUAGUGGGAGACGGAAGGCUCGGCUUCCCAGAAGGAGCGCCGUAUGAUGCAAUUCAUGUUGGUGCAGCUGCAGCUACCGUCCCCAGCGCUCUCCUGGAGCAGCUGAAGCCAGGCGGGCGCCUGGUUCUUCCAGUGGGCCCUGAUGGUGGAAGUCAGGUAUUAGAGCAGUAUGAACGGCAAACUGAUGGGACCUUCUUGAAGAAAGCUUUGAUGGGAGUUAUUUACGUCCCCCUGACCGACAAGAGGCGUCAGUGGCCCGGGAGAUGGCGUUGGUGCUGUGUCUCUGAGGCCCCAUGAGUCUCCUCGUGGGUUUCACAGCUGAGCUCCAGAAUGAACAGCCACCUGUCCUGCUGCGCUGUCACUUGGCAACAUGCUGGAAGUACGAGGUAUAUGACCUACCUGCUCUGAUUGUCUUCCAUGAAAGAGGUAAAAGAGUUAGUGACCCUCCACUGGACUAAUGAACUUUCUACCAGAAUACAUGAAGUCAGUUCACCUAUACAGACUGAUGAGUAUACAAUAUGUGAAGGACCGAAAAAAAUGGUUGUCAAAGAUUUAAAUUAAUAUUAAUAUUGUUUAUGGUCAGUAAAGAUGGCAAAAUUGUAACUGCAGCUUAAGAAGUUGGUAAAUUGUGUGUAAUCUUAUGGGGGAAUUUUUGUAUGAAUGCAAAUAAACCUAAAUACAAGCUGAGAGACUUUAAUAAGAAUCCACAAAAAGUACUAAUUUUUAUUUUUAUUUUGUGGUUUAGAAACUUCUUCUUAUACUGUAUGAAUGUUUUGUUGACAUUGUCACUAUGGCAACAGAGAAGCCGUGUUGCUUAAUAUUGAUCAGUUGAGGCACUUUGUUUUUUUUAGAACUGCAUAAAUAUUACAAUUGUGUGAAGGGUUAGAAUUCUUAAUAAAAAACUUAAUUGAUAUUGUA